AUGGACACAGGGGCACAGGGGGGGACAGAGCUGCUCGAUGGCCAGAAAUUGGGCAGCAGGUCUGUGGCAGGCAGCGCCGUGGGUCUGCUUUACCCGCACUGGGGGUCUGGUUUACCCGUGCCCUUUGUCGUGCGAGGGCAGGUGGCGGGGGGACGCCCCCGCUCCGCCGCCGGGGCGAACCGGGCUGCGCAGCGCCGUCGGGGCCGAGCCAGGGCGCCGUCCCGCACCCUGCGGAGCCACAGUGGGAGCUGCGGCGGGGCCAGCGAGUACGACUACGUCAGCUACCAGUCCGACCUGGGCCCCUACCCCGGGGGGCGCUUCUACGCCAAGCCCCACCAGUGCGUGGCCAUCCCCGCCGACCUGCGGCUCUGCCACAGCGUGGGCUACGACAAGAUGGUGCUGCCCAACCUGCUGGACCACGAGACCAUGGCGGAGGUGAAGCACCAGGCCAGCAGCUGGGUGCCACUGCUCAACAAGAACUGCCACAUGGGCACCCAGGUCUUCCUCUGCUCCCUCUUCGCCCCCGUCUGCCUGGACCGGCCGGUCUAUCCCUGCCGCUGGCUCUGCGAGGCCGUGCGUGACUCCUGUGAGCCCGUCAUGCAGUUCUUUGGCUUCUUCUGGCCCGAGAUGCUCAAAUGUGACCAGUUUCCCCAGGACGACGUCUGCAUUGCCAUGACGGCUCCUAACGCCACCGAGGUCUCCAGGCCCAAAGGAACGACCGUGUGUCCCCCUUGCGACAACGAGAUGAAGUCGGAGGCCAUCGUGGAGCACCUGUGUGCCAGCGAGUUUGCUCUUAAGAUGACCAUAAAGGAAGUGAAGAAGGAGAACGGGGACAAGAUGAUCGUCCCACGGAAGAGGAAGGCGCUGAAGCUGGGGCCCAUCCGGAAGAAGAACCUGAAGAAGCUGGUGCUGUUCCUGAAGAACGGGGCCGACUGCCCCUGCCAUCAGCUGGAAAACCUCGGCCACUACUUCCUCAUCAUGGGCCGCCAGGUGAAGACCCAGUACCUGCUGACGGCUAUCUACAAGUGGGACAAGAAGAACAAGGAGUUCAAGAAGUUCAUGAAGAAGAUGAAGUCUCCCGACUGCCCAACGUUUCCAUCCGUUUUCAAGUGAUGCGGUGGGCGGCAGGAGAGCCGCCGCCUGGACCUCGCGCAGCCCGGCAUGGCAGCUUGGCCUUGCUCCUCGGCCGCGGGGAUGCGGAGCCCUCCUGCUCCUCCUCGUGCUCCUCGGAGCUCCCCUCGCCGACCCCAGCCCUCCCACCUCCCCGCUGCCGGCAUUUUCCUGCUCGCCCGGGCAUGCAAGGGUGACACACGUGCACCGAACGGUCGCUGAGGUCGCACGCGAUUUACGUCUGCAAUAUCCAAAGAGCUAUUGCUGUACGGAUUGUACAUUCAUUUAAAUAGCAUCUAUCAGGUACAGAGGGCAAGCGGAGGGGUGUGGAGUGAUGUCAAGAGAUUACACGGUUGCAGAAAGGACCCUUGUGACCAUGUUACUCCCAUCUUUGUGGCUGCAGGAUGACGCUAAACGAACUCCUGUUUGAGCCAGAGCCGGCCAGUUAGAAAAACAUCCCAUCCUCACAAUAAAAGUUAAAAAAGGAGUAGCGGAGAACCCAUUACCUCCUCUGAUAAAACCUCCUGAUAGCUAAUUGCCCUCACUGUAAAAAAAUCCCACUGUAGCCUAAACCUGCUUAGUUUAAGCCUUAACCCUGGGGUCCUCGUGGUGCCUUGAUCGUCUGGAUCGGGGAGCACCCCCCUCACCAGCAUCUCCUGUAACGUGUCACUGGGACGCCUGCCUGGCCCCUGCGAGCCGAGCUGGCCGAGCCCCCUGAGCUGGGGCCACGCUGCUGCUCCUGCUCCCGCCUCCCGGUCCCCAUGGUCCUGUCCGGCGGGAUGGGGUGGCCCUCCAGGCUCGCACGGUCCCCGGCCACUGUGGCAUCCCGUAGAGCAUCCCCAGCCACCACCUCCCGUUCCCGUGGGGCCGGCGCUGCUUCUGCCCAGACUCCUGGUUCAGUUUUGGCCGCGAGGAAACGCGUCCUGUUUUCCGGCCAUCCCAGCAGCCUGGGGCGCCCCGUUGGGGACAGCUCCCCACCAGCUCCUCCAGCGUAUCACACUCCCCAACUUCACCGAUGAUACUUUUAUAGUUUCUUCAGGCUGCUGGCAGAACACCAGACUGCAGAAGGCUGAGAACUGGUCCCGAUGGAGUGCCGCGGGAAGUGCAUCGUCUCCAUCUUUCCCUCCUUGCUGUCGCUGGGGGACCUAUCAGUUUCCAGGUUUUUCUCUGUUUGAUGUGUGACAGCUUGGCUUUGUAUCAUUCUGGGGCUUUUUUCCUUAAUCAAAAUGUCAUGUUAGUGUGAGGUCAAAUAGUUUAUGAAAGACAAAGAAUAUUGCAUCCAAAUGAUUGCAUUUAUCGACCAAGCUGAAAUUCAUUAUUCCAUUAAUUGGACAAGUUCUCUUUUCCACAGACCUGUAUUGCUCCACUUUAAUUAUACUCUCCUGCUUCCAUUCAGCGUUCUCAUCAAUCACGAUUACUCCGAGAGAAUUAAUAUCUUGCGAUCUGAGAUAAUCAUGUUGUACUGCAGUUAAGUGAAAUAACAAAUCCUCAUUUUUGAGGUUUAAACCAACCCCACUCAAAGCUGGUAAAUUAAUUAUUCUUUAGCUCGGGAGUGCUGCUUAUUCCCCACGUGGGGAUGGAGCUGUGGACUUGGUUGUAGAAUUGGGUGAAGAAGCCGAGCGCACUGAGGAGUGAUGUGUCACAGCGAACAGAGAGAGGGAUUUAGGACGUGAACUCUGUAGAAAGGUUGUCUUAGGCCACCAUUUGUAGUAGUGUUGUUUCUUUGAUGCAAAGUUAAUCGUUGUAGAUAAUGUGCUUUAUCAGUGAAUUAAAGAAAUAAAUAAACCAUGGGCUUCAACAUCGCAGAUGGAUGAGGUGAAGCUGGGGACAGACCCGCUCCUGACAGACCCAGCCCCGUCAGGAGCAGGUCGUGGCGCAGCCGGUCCCCGCGGGGCUGAGGGGCUGGUGACCGCGGAGCAGCCGCAGCGACGGCGCCCAGCAGAGCCCCGUGGGGACUGGGACAGGACCCCCCCGGAUCCCUCCCAAUGGCUGGGGGGCAGCGUGGGAGGAAUUGCUUCUGUGUCAGAGAGAGAUGCUCUGGCAUUUAAUUGGGCUGGGUUUCUGUGCUCAGGCUGCUGGUGGGUGUCCUGUUGGCCACCUCUGGAAACCUGCUGGGUAAAAGGCUCUUGAUUUACUGUUUGAAAAAUGCAUAUUUCAGCAGGAAGCAUCAAAUCAAAGAGCAAACCAGUUCACAUGUGCUUAGAGCCACUUGCAGCCCUUGGCAGCCUUCGCUGCUCAGAAAGCCUGAUUUUUCCACCAUGGGUCUGGGGCCUGAGAGCCGGGAUCCGGGGUGAGGCGAAGGGGAUGGGGCAGGGUUCCCCUGUUGCUGCGGCACAGGCCAUGGAACUGUGUCCCCGUCUUCAUUAAUACCCCUGCUGCUUUUUUCUGCACAAGUAGAUCAGUUCUGCGAUGUCCUGCGAGGGCAGUGUGGUCCUUCAGCCGGCGUCCCGGGGCUGAGGAGCCCCUGCGCCUCGGAGCUAUCCCUGGGGAGAACUAAUUAUGACUGCAAUUGCUUACUUACAGCAUGACAUGGCUGUAUGUGAGUAGCUGCUCCGUCAGUUACUUCCAACACUCCUCUGACCCUGCAUGUUUGUCCUUGAAAAGCCCAUCGGAGCAGAUUGGCACAUCGUACUUCAGACACGGUAUUUUGGACAUUUCUAUGUGUCUGGAAAGUAAUUUUACCCUUCUCUCACCAAAUUGCUUUGUGGUCGGUGCUGCGCGGAUCCCGCAGGGGGGUCGGCCGGUUGUCACUCCACUUCCCUCCUGCUCUCUUGGUAUGUGGAGGCUUUUGAUAAAAAUAACAGCACUGAAAGAAAUGCCUUGGAUAUCACAUCACGUUGUAAGCAGUUAAGGUAUCUUUACAUUUUGUUUUAUUUUAGAUAGUGACUUUAGGAAAGUGUGGCAGAUGAGAGGGGACUGUGUUUCUGUUUGGAAAUUUAGAGAAAGAGAAAAUGUAAAAACCAGUGAAAAUCACAGCGGAGAACAGCCUUCUCUGGGCAGCAAACAAAAGCCUGGGGCAAAAUCUGGCAGUUAUUGCCUUCCCGAGAGUCUCUGGACCCAGGGUGAGGGACCAUGUCUGGGGGUUCACCCCCCCAGCAGACGCUGCCUGAGCCUCCCACCGUUCUGAGCCCCGGCAGCAUCCGCUGGCGUGUCCAGAGAGCUGGGGCCUGGCACAGGGAGGGGAAGGUGCUUCUCAUGGGCCAAGCCUCAACGCCCCAGUGACACAUCUCUGCUGUGGGAGCUGAGACCGGGAGGCUCUGUCCUGCGGAGCAUCCUCUGCUGAUGGUGCUCCCCAGGAGGUCUGGGGGUGCAAGGGCUGCACGGGGCGGGUUGUGCGGGGCUGGGGUCGGGGGGGAGCUGCGCACCCUCGCCCAAAGGCUGUCUUGAGUGGGCAGCCAGUAAAGGGCAGUGCUGUGCCUUAAUGCUGUGGGGCUUGGCAUUUUGAUUUACUUUUUGGGAAAGUGCUUGGUUUGCGGGUUUCUGGGGAGGUGCUGCCAAGCAGGACCCGUGUGCGGGAGGAGGUAAGAGAGGUGGGGGCAGGAGGGCAGGGAGGGCAGGGGUUCCCGUGUGUGGGGAACAGCCCUGUGUCCCCAGCUCCCCCCGUCUGUACAAGUGCACACCAGUGGGCACCGGGAGGAAAGGGGUGGAGGGGCUGGUAUGUGCUUGGCAGAGAUCUGCUCUGGUGUGAGGGCUUUGCUGGGCUCAUUUACCUUGGAGACAGGAGGAGAACAGCUCAAGCUACUCGCAAGCUAUUGCUUGAAGGCCGACCGCUGACAAUAUAACGGUGAGGGAGCGCACGGGAGCACACGGCCCGGGUGAGGAUCGGUGCUCGGUGCAGGAACCGGCACCUGAGCAGAGCGGGGAGACCCUGCUGCCCGUGGGAGCCUCCUGCUCGAGCCCAGGCCUGGAGCAGCAGAGCACGGCAGCUUUUCUCACAGUGUAUUUUGAUGAAGAAAUCUGUACUUGAUUGUUUUACUUUGUUUUAAACUUGUGGUUGAUAUAAACACAUUAUGGCUUCUGUCUUCUCUCUUCUAUGAUUGGAACAAGAAACCCCUCAAUAAAAUGCCUUUUUUCUUUGAAA